CGCAACUUCCUCUGGUAUGGUAUUUAUAGUGAGAACCCCAAACCGGGACUUUACCUACGGGAGCAGCAGAACAGGCGCUGGGCUGCCCCUGCACAGCCCUCGCCUCCCCGCUGCGCUCUGCCCUGCGCUCAGCCGGCCCAGCUACAGCUGCACGUCCUCACUGCACGCUCCUGAGAUGGGACAGGACAAGAGCAAACCCCAGCCUGGGGACCUGAUCGAGAUUGACCGGCCAUUUCAUCAGCACUGGGCCCUGUACAUAGGGGAUGGAUAUGUCAUAAACUUGACACCUGUAGGUAAGUGUAUUUCAGACUGGCGAGUUGCAGAGGUCUUCUCGCAGUGCUUUGGGAACCGUGUCUCCCUCCAUGGGAGAUGGACCCUUUGUGUGUAAAAGCCCUUUGCAAUAGCAGAGGAAACCCCUCUGAGGUCUUAGAGGGACCAGAGAGGGUCUGCCUUCCUGCCUUAUCUUCUCCCUUCCAUAUACAGAUAAACCAAAGAUAAUGCUGGGAACCUACAACCUGCCAGUUUUUACCAGUACAGUAAAGAGGCAGCUCCUGAAAGAGGUGGUGGGAAAUCAUAAAUGGCAUGUCAACAACAAGUCUGAUGAGUACCAAACUCCUCUCCCAGUGAAGCAGAUCAUCCAGCGUGCUGCAGCUUAUGUGGGCAAGGAGGUGACAUAUUGUUUGUUUGGUAGAAGUUCUGAGUACUUUGUGACAGAGCUGCGCUAUGGAGAAGCAGUCUCUGAGCAGCUGAGGGCUUUCAUAAGUGGUGAAUUGCACAUUCUUGGUAUGAGUGACUUCGAGUACACCCCAAAUCUUGGGGACAUGAUCGAGAUCAAACGGGAACAGGACGAUCACUGGGCCCUCUACGUGGGGGAUGGAUAUGUCAUCCAUGGGACACCUGUAGCUGGCAGUGAGACAAUAGUCAUCAAAAAGAUCACAAAGGAGCUUCUGAAGGAGGUGGUUGGAAAUGACUCCUGGGCUGUCAACAACAAGUAUGACCAGUACUGCUGUCCUCUGCCUGUGGAAGUGAUCAUCCGGCGUGCUGAGAGAUGCAUAGACGGGGAGUUGCCUUAUUAUGUUAUUGACUUCAAAGCUGACGGUUUUGUGACAAAACUCCGCUAUGGUGGCCAGCUGAGGACUUUCAUAGGUGGUGAAUUGCACAUUCUUGGUAUGAGUGACUUCGAGUACACCCCAAAUCUUGGGGACAUGAUCGAGAUCAAACGGGAACAUGACGAUCACUGGGCCCUCUACGUGGGGGAUGGAUAUGUCAUCCAUGGGACACCUGUAGCUGGCAGUGAGAAAAUAGUCAUCAAAAAGAUCACAAAGGAGCUUCUGAAGGAGGUGGUUGGAAAUGACUCCUGGGCUGUCAACAACAAAUAUGACCAGUACUGCUGUCCUCUGCCUGUGCAAGUGAUCAUCCGGCGUGCUGAGAGAUGCAUAGACGGGGAGUUGCCUUAUUAUGUUAUUGACUUCAAAGCUGACGGUUUUGUGACAAAACUCCGCUAUGGUGGCCAGCUGAGGGCUUUCAUAUGUGGUGAAUUGCACAUUCUUGGUAUGAGUGACUUCGAGUACACCCCAAAUCUUGGGGACAUGAUCGAGAUCAAACGGGAACAUGACGAUCACUGGGCCCUCUACGUGGGGGAUGGAUAUGUCAUCCAUGGGACACCUGUAGCUGGCAGUGAGACAAUAGUCAUCAAAAAGAUCACAAAGGAGCUUCUGAAGGAGGUGGUUGGAACUGACUCCUGGGCUGUCAACAACAAGUAUGACCAGUACUGCUGUCCUCUGCCUGUGCAAGUGAUCAUCCGGCGUGCUGAGAGAUGCAUAGACGGGGAGUUGCCUUAUUAUGUUAUUGACUUCAAAGCUGACGGUUUUGUGACAAAACUCCGCUAUGGUGGCCAGUUGUGGUGUACUGUUGGCAGUGAAUUGCUCAUUCCUGAUAUGAGUCAUGACAAGUUCAAGCCAAAUCCCGGGGACAUGAUCGAGAUCAAGCGCACAGGUUACCAGCACUGGGCCCUCUACAUGGGGCGUGGAUAUGUCAUCCAUAUGACACCUGUAGAUGAAACAAUACCAUCCUAUUCAGCCAGCAAUGAGACAACAGUCAUCUUAAGGAUUAAAAAGGCACUCCUGACGGUGGUGGCCAGAAAUGAUUCCUGGGCUGUCAACAACAAAUAUGACCAGUACCGCAGUCCCCUGCCCGUGGAGGAGAUCAUCAAGCGUGCUGAGGGUUGCAUUGGCAAGGAGAUGGCAUAUCAUGUGUUUGACUUCAAAGCUGAUGAUUUUGUGAGAAAACUCCGCUAUGGUGGCCAGCUGAUGACUUUUGUUGGCAUUGAAUUGUGCAUUCCUGAUACGAUAUAUGACCAAAUCUAUCCAAAUCCUGGGGACAUGGUCGAGAUCAAGCAGCCAGGUCACCAUCACUGGGCCCUCUACAUGGGGGAUGGAUAUGUCAUCCAUGUGACAGCUGUAGGUGAAAAUUCUCUACGCGUGUCAACCGGCAGUGGGACAGUACAUAUUAGAAAGUUGAAGGUGAAGAAACAACUCCUGGCGGACGUGGCCAGAUAUGAAACAUGUUGUGUCAACAACAAGUAUGACCACUACCUAACUCCUUGCCCGGUGAAGGAGAUCAUCCAGCGUGCUGAGUACUGGAUUGGCCGGGAGUGGCCAUAUGAUGUGUUUAGUAAGCACAGUGAGCACUUUGUGACAGAGCUCCGCUAUGGAGAAGCAGUCUCUAAGCAGGCUUUUGUAGAUGGUGGAUUGCACAAUCUUGAUAUGAGAGAUGAUGAGGAAUACCCAAAGCCUGGGGACCUGAUUGAGAUCGACCGGGGACUUUACCAGCACUGGGCCCUCUACGUGGGGCAUGGAUAUGUCAUCCAUGUGACACCUAUAGGUGAAAAUUCUCCACCUGCGUCAGCCAGCACCAUGUCAUUCCUUUUGAAAGUGGCAAAGGUGAAGAAAGAACUCCUGGACAAGGCUGCUGGAAAGGAUAACUGGCGUGUCAACAACAAGUAUGACGAUGUCCUCAUUCCUUUCCCUGUGGAGGAGAUCAUCCGGCGUGCUGAGCGCCAGGUUGGCAGGAUUGUGCUCUAUUUUUUGUUGUACAAGAACUGUGAGCACUUUGUGACCAAGCUCCGCUAUGGAAAAGCAGUGUCUGAGCAGGUCGAAAAAAUAAAUCGCAGUACUGCAGCAGGAAUGGGAAGUAUUUUUGGUACGGCCGCUCUGGCUGGGAUAGCAUUGUUAGUGAUAUAGUAUUACUGAUUGGCUGCCAGUUGGAGCUCAGAGCAACGUGGGGGCAGCCCCUGAACACAGCAGUCACUGGUCAGAUUUUUCUACAGCUGCCAUCAAGGUUUCCUAGGCACUGUGCCAUCCUUAAUGUAAACAUUAAACAAUCCGUAAUAAAAUGUAUUCUUAAAUCCAAACUCCUGUUGCCCUAAAGUCCACAUUAAUCUGAAUAUAGCUUUAAGGGCAGGUUUAAGAAUUCAGCCUUACUUCUCCCAUUAAGAAAUGAUAAAUCAAGAUGACCAUUGUUCAAGAUGAUCCCCAGCAGUUCUAGCCUGGUCACCACAUCUGGUUUUAUUGCACGGUCUGUGAUGAUUUUUGUGGUAAUCUGGGAGCACUUGCAAGCAAUUUAUGCAUUCCCUUCCCCACACCACUCCUCCAGUGCUUUGCUGAUGACUGGUGCAGGCUUUUCCUCCUCUUUUGAUCAGCUAGCUCCUGGAAGUUCUUCCUUUGCAUCACUGAAAUAAAAUGUACUGCUGAGAA